CACAUUUGCUAACAUCAUUCUAUAUCCGGUUUGUACUGUUAUUUAGGUGAAAGGUCUGUUGGGUACUUUGACAGUAGGAAGGUGCUUUUUUGAAGAGGGUUGAAUUGUACAUUUCUGGCGUUUUCAUUAUAGCGUUAUCAGUAAUUUUCAACGAACAGGCUGGCCUGUAUAUUCCUUCCAAAGUUUACACUUCCGACUUUUCAAUCUGAAAUAGGUAUUUCUACUUAGCUAGCUGGUUACGUAGCCAAGCAUCAGCGUUAGCUCGUAGGCUAUUCAGCUUCUUGUCAUAACAUUGAAAUAGAAUUAAAAAGUUAGCACAUUUGGUAGCUAGGUGAGUAAGAAGAUGUCUAAGCAACCGCAACCAAUCAGCCCUGUGAAGAAUUUCUUUGCAGGGGGCUUUGGAGGUGUUUGUCUGGUGUUUGCAGGUCAUCCACUCGACACUAUAAAGGUGCGUAUCCAAACACAGCCCAAACCAGCUCCGGGCCAGUCCCCUCUUUAUUCUGGCACCUUUGACUGCUUCAAGCAGACGUUUGCCAAAGAGGGAGUGAAGGGUCUCUAUAGAGGCAUGGCUGCCCCCAUCAUUGGGGUAACGCCCAUGUUUGCAGUUUGUUUCUUUGGCUUCGGUUUAGGGAAGAAACUACAACAGAAAACUCCGGAUGACAUUCUUUCGUAUCCUCAACUCUUUGCAGCAGGAAUGCUCUCCGGAGUCUUCACCACGGCCAUUAUGGCACCAGGGGAGCGUAUCAAGUGUCUACUACAGGUCCAAUCAGCGUCAGGUCAGGUGAAAUAUGCGGGGCCUAUGGACUGUGUGAGGCAACUCUACAAAGAGAGUGGCAUCCGGGGAAUCUACAAAGGCACAGGAUUGACCCUUAUGCGAGAUAUACCAGCCAGUGGGAUGUAUUUUAUGACGUACGAGUGGCUUAAACACAUCCUAACUCCAGAGGGAAAGAGCCCCGGUGACCUCAAUGUCCUGAGUGUUCUUUUUGCCGGAGGAAUGGCAGGGAUCUUCAACUGGGCUGUGGCCAUUCCCCCAGACGUGCUCAAGUCCCGCUUCCAGACAGCUCCUGAGGGGAAGUAUCCCAAUGGCUUCCGUGAUGUUCUGCGGGAGCUAAUAAGAGAAGAAGGCAUCGGGUCGCUCUACAAGGGCUUCACGGCCGUCAUGCUCCGAGCUUUCCCAGCCAAUGCUGCAUGUUUCCUGGGCUUUGAAAUGGCCAUGAAGUUCCUGAACUGGGUGGCACCAGGUCUGUGACCCCAAAGAAGAGCCACGGUUUAGAGGUCAUGUUAUCAUACCUGCUGCAUUGACAAUACCAACCUCCAAAACACACACUCACACACACACACACACACACACACACACACACACACACACACACACACUGAGCCAAGCUGAUCGUACAGAUGUCCUGCUGCACUUGGGCCAGUAGGAGAGACUGUAGAUGUAGCAGAUAACCUCCUUUGGUUGCUGAAUCACAGCAUUCUUGAACACACAGAAAGGAAAACCAAAAUGAAUGUGUUCACUAUGGAAAUUGAUUUUGUUUAUCUGAUCAGAUUGUAUUAUGUUUAGGACAUGGGAGGAGGGGGAUCAACGUGCCUUAAAUUCACUCACAGUUGGCCAGUCUCUGCCUGCAGUCUGUGCUGUUUGUGUUGUGCACACAUUUGAGGACAGACACGGUUUAAUUCUUGUGUUUGAUCGGUUUUGUGUGUGUGCCUGUGUCCGGUGUUGUUUUUAAUCACAGAUUGACUGUAAUGAAUGCCUUAUAUCUAAACAAAAGCAACUAAGCACCAUCCUAGAAAACUGCCCUUGCGGGCUCUCUCAUGUUCAUAUUUGUAACUUAUCUUAAGGGUGACAAGCGGUAAUUGACUAAUUUUAUCAGUCUGCCCUAUUUCAAUCCAACUUCAGGGCUGUUAUGGUGUGUACCUUAGUGAAGGUACUGAGCCUGCUGUGGAUUCCUCAUUUCCACAGCAAACAUGUAAAUAAAUCUCACCCUUUGACUUACA